GGACAUAACAUAUAGGGUCAGGCUUGACAAACAUACACGCACGUUUACAAAUCCCAAACCCCCACUGAGAAUCUCGACCCUAGUACCUAUAUAUACUUUAACACGAACCGUAUAGCUACAUACUAUAAAAUACAUUAUUUUAUGUUUCUUGUCAGUAUAACAAUUAUCAGGUAGUAGGGAUUGAUAUUCUAUUAUUCGAAUCGGUGGCUUAAACCAUUUAGUCGCCCAAAUUUUUGAUACUCAGUAGGUCAGCAUGGAAUCAUUCUUCACUUUUCAUUCGAGUCUUGUGCUGGACGGUCGUCGAGCGUCUACAACACGGUCAACAGUAACGGACGAGAAAAUUCCUACCCCAAAACACGUGUAUAGUGUAUAAUACGCCGUACGAAGACUAAGUGAACGUUUCGUGUCAUAAUUUUUAUCCGGUUCCAGAGAUAAAAGGUCGAAGUUCCGGUGAGACAGUGAUCGAGCCGUAUAAUAUUAUCACGGAAACGUCGAUCAGAAAUACAAAAAAAAACAACGACAUGUCGCAAAACGAAGAAGAAAACGUGUUGACAUCUACUAAUUCGACUAAUUCUUCUGCUAGCGAAUCGUUGUCACCGGAGAUGAGGGCCCACGAUCCACAAGAGUUGUUGUCCUACAAGCUAAUGUCGACGACGACGGAUCACGAUCCACAAGAAUUGUCGUACGACAGUUCAAUGCCGCCGAUUAAGGCCCACGAUCUACAAAAAUUGUUGUCCUCCAUGCUAAAGCCGAGGAAAACGGACCAAGAUCCACAAGAGUUGUCGUCCUACGAGUCAAUGCCGACGACGACGGACCAAGAUCCACAAGAGUUGUCGUCCCACGAGCUAAUGCCGACGAUUACGGACCACGAUUUACAAGAGUUGUCGUCCCAAAUACCAAUGCCGACGGACAACGGUCCACAACUGUCAACGGUCACCUGGUUAAUGCCGAUAGACCCCAGUCAACGACUGUCGCCGUCUACCAUGAUGCAAUUGCUGUUGGACAACGAUACACAACAGCAGUCUUUGUCCACCUGGCCAAUGACGUAUGAACCCGAUCAGCAGCCAAUGACGCCGUCACAAUAUCACACCAUGCAGAUCAACAACUACCAUCCCGAAAUGCAGCCGAUGCCGCCGUUACAUCAAGCGGUGUAUACAAACAACUACCAUCCCGAAAUGCAGCCGAUGCCGCUGAUGAUUGCAAACGGCGGUGUUCCGUCCACGCCGACGCCGUGGAUCGGAUCGAUCGUGCCGCACAACCCGUCGUUCUUGCACUGUGAAUACUGCAGCUUUGAUCCGAACGCGUACUAUGAUGGCGCGUCGUCGGCACUGCAGCAGUGUCGAGGCGUCGAACAAAAUCAGUCUGAGGACCCGAGGUCGCUGCAAGGGUCUCAGUCCGUGCAGCAGCCGCAGUCUCGCGCAGAUCGCCGCCGCACGUUAGGACGACGACCGAGCCAGCCGUCCCCGCAGGAGCAGCGUCGAAGCGUCGAGGAAAAUAUUCAGUUUGAGGAACCGAGAUCGCUGCAAGGAUCACAGUCCGCGUCGCAGCCGCAGUCUCGCGCAGAUCGUCGCCGCACGUUAGGACGACGACCGAGCCCGCCGUCCCCGCAGGAGCAGCAACGAGGCGUCGAAGAAAGCAUUCAGUUGGCGGAACCGAGAUCGCUGCAAGGAUCACAGCCCAGGGUGUCGCAGCUGCUGCAGGUGUUUCCCGCGGACCCAAUCCACACGCUCGGACCACGACAGCGACCUUGGACUUCGCUUUUCCAGCGCCCCGGAAACGCGGCCGUCGGUCGGACGACGGCGAUGGAAUGCCGCCAACCGAACGGUACCGUCCGGUUCUGUGGCACGUGCAACGCGCUGUGGCCGGCCAACGGCCGACCGCCCGCCACGCACGGCGAGAACGACUCGUGCGAGGUGACCGCGCUGUUGCCGGACAAUUGCGUGCCGCUGUUCGAGUGCCACGUGUGCAACGUCCGGAUCAGGAUGGAAAGCCUCUCGGACCACCUGGCCGCCGCGCGCCACGACGAGGUCCCGGACAAGGACGACGAACAGUACAUGUCGUUCUUCUGCGCCGACUGCAACAGGGUCUUGUACGCGCCGUUGGACGUGUUCGUCGACCACUGUCAGUCGGCGCACUCGACGGGGGUCCACGACAUAAGUGUGCCGUCGAGGUUGCACAUGAUGUACGCGCUGAUGCGAGAUUUCGAGCGCAACGGCCGCGACAUCAUGCUGCACGCGUGCAUGUCUUGCACGUACAUGAGUUCGUACUCGCACAACCGCGGUUGGUCCCGGUGCCCGGUUUGCGUCCGACCGGAAAACCGGUUUUACUGCCAAUACUGCAACGUGGUGUUUUACGCACUGCAAGCCGAUUACGACAUGCACCGGUUCACGUUCGAACACUUUUACUUCAUGCACCACAGGUGGGUCAGGUCGAACGCCGCCGUCCGGCCCGCGGACAUCGGUAAUACCGGUGGUGGCCGUGGCCGUGGACGUGGACGCGGACGUGGCCGUGGACGUGGCGGUGACGGUGGCGGUGGACGUGACGACGGUCGUGCUCCUGCUCAGGGCGCUCGCGGUCGCGGUCGUGGUCGCGGUCGCGGUCGUGGUCGCGGUCGUGGUCGCGGUCGCGGUCGUGCGGUCGACAACGGCGUCGCCAGUGCUUCCGAACAGUCGUAAGUUUGCAGUAGUCGUGUCACGACGUACCUAUAUAAUUUUUGUCGUUAAGCGUUUUUUUUUUUUUUUUUGAGUUAAUCGAAAUCGGCUAUAUUCUUUUUUUUUUUUGCACCGUUUACAAUAUUAGUUUAUAAUAAAUAUACGUUUUUUAAUAACGAAUCGAAUCUCGUCUCCCAUUUCCACUCGAAUAUAGCUGACAAUAUUGUUAGUUUUUACUUUAGUUUAAAAUGAACACAAACGCUAUUUGUGACACUGAUAGUUAAUUUCAUUUUUUGUAACAUUAUAAGUUUAAGUUUUAACUCAUCCAUUCGUGUAUUUAAGCGAUUGAUUUUAGAUAAGUACAAUAAAAUUUUUUUUAAAUGUGUGCCAGUCACGGGUUUUUUAAUUUAGCAUAUCAAUAUUAAUAUUGUAUUCGAAUAUUUUAAUAACAAUAACAUUGUGUUGCAAUGUUGACAUAGAUAAUAAGUUAUUUUUUUUUAUCGAAAAUACAUUUUUUAACUUAA